ACUGCCUCCCUGGGUGCCAUGGCUGGUGGUGGUGGUGGUGGUGGUGCCGGCUGGAUGUCUGCCUGGCCCGGUUCUGGCACCAAUUCCAGCUCCUCGUCCAGUGUCCUCACCCUCCUGAACGAGACCAGUGCCGCGUGGGCCGACCCAAACGGCGGACUAGGGGCCAACCUGACCCAGUACCUGGCAGGUGCCGGCAAUGGCAGCAGAGGCGCCUUCCACCAACAUCCUCGUCAUCAUCAUCACUCAGGUACCGAACAGGAAGCGAUGAAGCAGAAGAACUGGCCCGCCUUGCUCAUCCUCAUCAUCAUCUUCCUCACCAUCGGCGGGAACAUCCUGGUGAUCUUGGCGGUCUCGCUGGAGAAGAAGCUACAGAACGCAACGAACUUCUUCCUGCGCUCUCUGGCCGUCGCCGACAUGCUGGUGGGAAUCCUGGUGAUGCCCAUCUCCCUCAUUAACAUCCUCUACGAUUACGCCUGGCCGUUUCCCAACGCACUGUGCCCUAUCUGGAUCUACCUGGACGUGCUCUUCUCCACGGCGUCCAUCAUGCACCUGUGUGCCAUUUCGCUGGACCGCUACGUGGCCAUACGCAACCCCAUCGAGCACAGCCGCUUCAACUCACGCACCAAGGCCAUGAUGAAGAUCGCCGUCGUCUGGACCAUCUCCAUAGGUAUCUCCAUGCCUAUCCCGGUGAUAGGCCUGCAUAACCAGGACAAGGUGUUUGUGAACGGCACGUGUGUGAUGAACGAGGAGCGCUUCAUGCUGAUUGGCUCCUUCGUCGCCUUCUUCAUCCCCCUCGUCAUCAUGGUGGUCACCUACUGCCUCACCAUACAGGUGCUGCAGAGACAAGCCACCGUCUUCCUCCACGACGGCAAGAAGAAUGCCAGCACCACCACCACCACCACCACCACCUCCUCCACCUCCUCCCAUCAACCCCUGCAGCCGCCCCCUCUAGCGGGCGACCCUCCGGCGACGCCUAUCCCCACGGUCGCCGUGACGACCGCCUCGUCGUCCCCGCCGUCGACGUCCACGUCGAGGCGCAGUAGCCUGAACUGCCUGCGGAGGGCGUCAUCGUCCUCGAGCAGCCGUCGGCACCACGCGCCGUGCUCCGACACCAUCUCCAUCAUCCCCAGCUCCGAGGCGCCCUCGCAGCUCAACUCCCCUGCCGCCGGGGCCGGCCGCGAACGCAGACUGUCGACAGGAGGGGGCGCCGGCGGCGGUAGCGGUAGCGGGUGCAGGGGCAUGAUGCAGGCCAUUAAGAACGAGCGGCGCGCCUCCAAAGUCCUGGGCGUGGUGUUCUUCCUCUUCCUGGUCAUGUGGUGCCCGUUCUUCAUCACCAACGUGCUGUACGUGCUGUGCAGGCAGUCGUGCGACGGCGCGCUGCUCGCCGAGCUGCUCAACGUCUUCGUGUGGGUGGGCUACAUCUCGUCGGGCGUCAACCCGCUCGUCUACACGCUCUUCAACAAGACGUACCGCCGAGCGUUCUCCAGCUACCUGCGCUGCCGCUACCGCACCUCGCCAGCCAAUGGGGUCGUGGUGUUGGGCGGCGCGAGCUGCGGCGGGGGCGGUGCUAAGAACAUUACCCCGUCUCUGCACGUGGUGACCGCAUGUUCUCCAUCCUCGCACGCCACCACGCCCAUAUUCGCGGGCAGGAAGUCAGGUAUGACGAAGGAGGAAGUCAUUGGGGGAGACCUCGAUGGGGAUGGUGGGUGUGCGGUGGUGGUGGUGGUAGGGGUGGGUGCGGUGGACCGCAAUAGUAACUGUAAGAACGGGGACGGCAGCGUGCUGAAGGGGCUGGAGCUGGACGACAGCGUGGAGACCGACACCGAGAUGGGCAUGAGGGCCAGUUCGUCGGGCUUGCUGUCCGUCAACAGCUGCUUCACCUCCGCAGAGGACACCAGCAGCGUCUGAUUGGCUCGGAGACGCUCAUGUGGGUGGUAUCAAGGAGCAAUAGCAACGUAUGAUUGGUUUGGAGAUGUUCAUGUUGACCGGGCCCAUGGAUUCAUUGUAUGAACCAAACAGCUUCUGAUUGGUUGGGAGAUACAGUACGUACUCAUCUGGGCGGGACAAGGGAUUUAGUAUGGGCACCAACCGCUUCUGAUUGGUUGAGAA